GCGGCGGCGGAAGGAAGCGGAGGCCGCGUUGCGCCCAUGGAGCCCGGCGGGUCCCGCCGCCCGAGCCGCAAGGCCUCGCAGCGUCCCGGCGGGCAGAAGGAUUUCCUCCCCGACGGCUCGGCCGAGCAGGCGGAGAAGCUGCGGCUGUGCCGGGAGGAGCAGUGGCGGAUCCUCUCCGAGGAGCGAGUGGAGCGGCUGAAGAAUCUGGUGAAAGCUGAGUGGAAGCCAGGCCAGGGCAUCGUAGAGCUGCAGACCCCUGCGGGGAAGUUCUGGCACACCAUGGGGUUCACGGAGCGUGGCAAACAGUGCCUGCAGCCUGAGGAAGCUCUGUACCUGCUGGAGUGUGGCUCUGUUCAGCUCUUUUACAGAGAUCUGCCCUUGUCGAUCCAGGAAGCCUAUGAGAUCCUGCUGGCCCAGGAGACAAUGAGCCUGCCACAUUACCAGGUGUUCAGCCACUUGAAGCAGCUGGGUUAUAUUGUACUGAGAUUCGACCCCAGCACUGUCCUGUCUCCCUAUGAGAGGCAACUGAACCUGGAAAGUCACUGCCAGAGCUCUGAGAAGCACCAUCGCAAAAGGAGGAGGAGUUCUAGCCCCCGGUCACAUGAGAAGAAACAUAAAGUAUCUGAGGACCUUCCUGAAGCUGAAGCAACCUCUGAAAAAGCUGGAGAUGUCUGUGGAGACUCCAUCUGCCUUCCUGUGGAUGAAAAGCCCUUGUCAGAGCAGCCAAAGGAAUCAGAUGCUGGCAGUGGAAAGGAGGAGUUGAACCCAGUUCCUCUUGAUAUGGAACAAAAGGACUCCUUGAGUCCCUCCAGGAGCCCAGCUGGAGCCUGCAAGGAGAGGAGCACUGGCACCCACACACCCCGCUGGGAUUUUACCACCAUCAUCUUGCCAAAUGUGGCCCCAGACCAGCCCUGCACACACCUGCCCUCACCUGACAACGGGCUCCUGCCAGAGAAUGUGCCGGGGAGGGAGGUUGAUGCUGCUUCCUGGCGCACACGCAUCAAUCAGAAACAGGAGAAGCUGUCCCGGAAGGAGAGGGAGCGGUGGGAGAGGGAGAGGAGGUACAAGAGCAGUGUCAAUGCUGACAGGGAGGUGAGGAGCUGCUCCAAUUGGCGGGAAUACAAAAGCCUUUUGGAGCAGAGGAGCCAGCGGAGGGUUUGGAGGCGGCCGCCGCAUCUCUGGAACCAAACUGUCACCCCGCUCCUGCGGCCAGAGGAAGCUGCCUCGUCAGCUGCGCUUCUCCAGCAGAUCAGCGUGCUGCAGCCCUCCCACAUCCUGGAUGGAGCCUCCCAGCUGCAGGAGGACCCAGAGGCCAUGAAGAUAGACUUCAACGUGUAUCAAGCAGAUGCUGUGUCCAAGUUUAAGAAGACAAAUCCUGGGAAACCCUUUGUUAGGAUGUGUGUUAGGAGCUUUGAUGAGCAGAUCCCAUCCCUCCGGGCUUUGAAGCAGGUCACUCAUCAGAGCGGGGACGUCCCGGUGGUCUUUGCGCUGGUGGAUCACGGAGAAAUUGCCUUUUACUCGCUAAAGGAGUUCAAGCUGCCAGUUGAUGUGAAUCACUGACAUUGCUGUCCUUUGCAGAAGUGAUAUGAGCUGAAGGGAGGAGCUUUACUCAGGAUAUGCUUUCUCAACCAAUGAAAUAUUACAGAAAAUAGAGCUGCUGCUAAGUGGAGCCUUGGGUAGUUGACUUCUUUAUUCACUGUUACAGACUUCACCCAACAACAUGGCUCAGGCAUAAUAGCAACAUUUACAGCAAACAAGUAUGUGUGGCUUAGCUGGGCAUUUCUGGACUGGAAUACACACUGCUUUGUUCUUGAAGCCACUGGUUCUCCAGCUUUCUCAUCUCAUGGACCGCUAGUCUGCCUUUUCCGUGUCAUCUUUGGCUGACCUGUGGACUGUUAGAAAACACUUUGCUGGUAAUCCUCUUGUCACAUGUUAAGAACCACUCUGCUACACCAGUUGAAUGGUUGGAGAGUCACUGAGGUCAGUCAGGGACUGAAUAAGCUGAUCAGAUCAGUGGCAGUGUCCUGAGUCUUUGUUAUUCAGCUGUGCUAGUAACUGUCAGAUUGGAUUCUUAUCUGAAGGAGGCACAGCCCUAAAACACCCACCCAGAGUCAAGUUUCCAGGCACUCAAGAGCAGGAAGCUGUUCCUCAAACACCAUUUUGUCAGUUGGAGGUCUCAGCCCCAGGGCAUUACAAGUGGCCUCCAGCCUCAUGCUGUAGCAACUGUACUGUGAUGUGUCUUGGCCAUGCAGCAUUAUGCCAUUUCAAAGUCUGGCCACCAGUACAGACACACUGUAUGCAAGAGCCUUACCAGGACUGUAUUGCAGCCCUCUGUUUCAGCCUGACAUCCUCCUUCCUGGCUGUGGAUCCUUUUCUUUUGCAAAGGAGAGAUCCCCAGUAAAGAAAGAAGCUACACAUUCCUCAUGAGCCUUCCAGUCCCGUGGCUGUUGUGCUUCAAGCUGAGGACAACGUGGCUUUCCAGGCCCUGCUGUGAGAGCUUUUCAUUGGGAUAUCCAGGUACCAAAUUUGCUUUAGCCUCUAUGCAAAAGUGCCAGGUGCCAGAGGGUCUGCUGUGGACAGCAGUGUGCUGAGCAUGGCAGUGUUUGGGAUCAUGGUUCUUCAGAACUGUAAGAGAAACUGGUUUAGAUGCAUUUUAUUUGAUAUUUUUUGAGUUCCUUUUGGAGAUGGGAAGAAGGUUAAGCAAUAAAAAAGCCUUUUCCAACA